AAAACCUCCACAGUUACACAAAUCGCCUCUUCUUUCCCUUUUCAAAAACUCUCUCUCUCUCUCACUUACUCAACCCACUCUUUCCAACUCCCAAUACUCCCAAGCGACCAACAAUGGAGGACGAAGAUCAGCAGAAAAUUGCAGAUCUGAUCAAAGAGCUCGUCCUUCGUUUACUCUCCCAAAACCCCACUUCCGAUUCCCAGCCCCUUAACCCCAAAUCCCCUUCUUUCCACAAACACCUCCGCUAUGCCCUCCGCAUUCUCUCGGCCCGAUUAUGUCCCUCAAUCGCCCCCGACUCGGCCGCCAUUGCUGAGUCAAUCAAGCGCCGACUCGUCACCAAAGGUAAGUCCUCUCAGGCCCUCACUUUUUCCGAGCUUUACACCAAAUUCGCUUCCAAAACCGGCCCCGGAAGCGUCAACAACAAAUGGGCAGUUCUCCAUUUGCUCGAUAUCGUAUCCGAGGACCGGAAGAACGCCGGGGCGCAGUUGGGUUCGCCGCUGUUGUUGCUACCCAAUUUGUCGCUAAACGACGCCGAAUCGGGCGACGGCGAUUCGAGGGUUUUGCGCCGUGGAGGGAGUAAGGAGAAGGGUUGGAACAAUGGGGUCUUGGUGGUAGCCAGUGACUCCGGGAAUUUCCGCGAUAUCGCGUUUAGGGAGUUUGCGAAUUUCGUUAAGGAAGAAAAUGAGGUUUCUGAGGAGAUUUUGGUGAGGGAAGUUUUAUAUGCUUGUCAAGGAAUUGAUGGGAAGUAUGUGAAAUUUGAUGCUGGUUCCGAUGGGUAUGUUUUGUCGGAUUCGAUUAAGGUUCCGAGAGCUACGAGGACAAUGGUUCGAAAACUUUGCGAAUUAGGUUGGUUGUUUAGGAAGGUUAAAGGGUAUAUUUGGGACAGUAUGGAUCGGUUUCCCGCUGAGGAUGUGGGGACCGUUGGACAGGCCUUUUGCGCCGCAUUGCAAGAUGAGCUUUCAGAUUACUAUAAGUUGUUGGCUGUGCUUGAGGCGCAGUCGAUGAAUCGAAUUCCUUUGAUCUCGGAGUCUGUGAAUUCGGGGAAUUAUCUGUCUUUGAGGAGGUUGUCUGUUUGGAUUGCUGAGCCAAUGGUGAAGAUGAGGUUGAUGGCGGUUUUAGUGGAUAAGUGUAAGGUUUUGAAAGGUGGGGCAAUGGCGGGGGCGAUUCAUUUGCACGCGCAACAUGGUGAUCCGAUGGUACAGGAGUUCAUGAGGCGUUUGUUGAGGCGGGUUUGCUCUCCGCUCUUCGAAAUGGUGAGGAGUUGGGUUUUGGAAGGGGAGUUGGAAGAUAUUUUUGCAGAGUUUUUCGUUGUCGGCCAGCCAGUGAAAGCCGAGUCUCUUUGGAGGGAAGGUUACAUGCUUCAUCCCGGGAUGCUUCCUUCCUUUAUUUCACAAUCUCUUGCCCAACGCAUCUUAAGGACUGGCAAGUCAAUAAACUUCCUACGUGUCUGUUGCGACGAUCGUGGCUGGGCUGAUGCUGCCACAGAAGCUGCCGCUGCUGCUGGGACCUCGACGAGUAGAGGGGGUCUAGGAUAUGGCAAAACCGAUGCUCUUGAAUCCUUGGUUGAUGAAGCAGCAAAGAGAAUUGAUGAGCAUUUGUUGGAUGUUAUGUACAACCGGUAUAAAUUCAAAGAACAUUGCCUUGCCAUAAAGCGGUAUUUGCUACUUGGACAAGGCGAUUUUGUUCAGUACCUGAUGGACAUUGUUGGACCACAACUUUCUGAGCCUGCAAAUACAAUAAGCUCAUUCCAGCUUGCCGGGUUGCUGGAAACUGCAAUCCGAGCAUCUAAUGCUCAGUACGAUGAUCCUGAUAUACUGGAUAGAUUGAGGGUGAAGAUGAUGCCACAUGGAACUGGAGAUAGGGGCUGGGACGUGUUUUCAUUAGAGUAUGAUGCAAGAGUUCCUUUAGAUACUGUGUUUACGGAGUCUGUCAUGGCAAAAUAUUUAAGAAUAUUUAAUUUCUUGUGGAAGCUUAGACGCGUAGAGCACGCUCUUAUUGGUGCUUGGAAGACUAUGAAACCGAAUUGUAUCACUUCAAAUUCGUUCACCAAGCUGCAGCAGGCAGUUAAGUUGCAGUUGGUUUCGACUUUGCGGCGCUGCCAAGUGCUUUGGGAUGAGAUGAACCAUUUUGUCACCAACUUGCAGUAUUAUAUCAUGUUUGAGGUGUUGGAGUUCUCGUGGUCUAAUUUAUCGAAUGAAAUGGAGGUAGCCAAGGAUCUUGAUGAUCUGCUUGCUGCUCAUGAAAGGUACCUCAAUUCAAUUGUGGAGAAAUCUCUUCUCGGAGAACGUUCGCAAACGCUUUAUAAGUCUCUAUUUGUCUUAUUUGAUCUUAUAUUGCGAUUCCGAAGUCAUGCUGAUAGGUUAUAUGAAGGGAUUCAUGAGUUGCAAGCAAGAUCCGAAUCCUCUUUACCCUCUCAAGAUAAGAGUAAAUCACGGAAGCAAAUGAAAGAUAGAUCUUCAGAGCCUGGAUCCUGGUUUAGUGAAGGCAGGAAGGCCCUCACUCAACGCACCAACGAAUUUCUUCGGAACAUGGGGCAGGAUCUGGACUCAAUAUCAAAAGAAUAUUCGUCGUUACUUGAGAAUUUCAUUUCACAAUUGCCUGAGCAGCAACAUGUUGAUUUGAAAUUCCUCUUGUUCCGGCUUGACUUCACCGAAUUCUACAGCCGGCAGCAUCCCAGUAGCUAGCGGAUUGAAAGGAUGUCAAAUUGUUGACAAGUUUGGACAUGAACGCGGGAAAUUCAAAUCCGCAAUCGCCACUGCUCGUCCGGCUCUAUGAUUAACCAAUUUGUGUGCUGACAUCAAUGACCAGCUAGUUCAUUUUUAAUUGCUCGGCUUUAGGCAGUGUUUGAUUCUUUCUGGUGUCCUGUGUGAAAGUUCAAUUGACAUAAAGGUACAUUUAUACCUUUAUAUCAGGGUUUGGAGUGUCAUUGUAUACACGUGUGGUAACUGAGGUUCUAAUGAUUUGAUGUUGAUUUCUUGCGGCUUUGCAAGCUGUCCGUUUAGAGCUAGUAUAUAUUGUACAAUAGUUCUAUAUCGGAUGAAUUGUAAGGAAAAUGUGUGGCAUCUAAUCUUUUUUUGCAAUCUUUUGAGUUUCUUUUUCAAUUCCAUUGUUUGUUGUAAUUUGGCAGUCGAUUAAAUUGUAAACUUUUUUGGCUGAAGGAAGUAAUUCUGAAUUGUUCUUUA